AUGCGUGAAACCAUGUUCGCACAGAGUAUGGGGUUCUCAUGCUACAUCAUGGCCAUGGCCAUGACCAUCCUGCUGCUGCCUUAUCUGGCAGAUGCUCAAACCUUCACUUCGUGCAACCCCACAAAGGCUAGCUGCCCCAAGGAUCCUGCCUUUGGCACCUCAGCUACAUUCGAUCUUACCAAAUCGCUCCCUAACAGAUGGAAGUCUAUUGGGACGGUCACCCAAGACCAGGACGGCGUGGCCUUGACCGUUGCAAAGAAGCUUGACGGUCCUUUGAUCCAGUCCGACUUCUACAUCAUGUUCGGCCGAGUGGAAUUCACCAUCAAAGCUGCACCGGGUACUGGUAUUGUCAGCAGUGCGGUUCUUCAGUCAGACAGUCUAGAUGAGAUCGACUGGGAGUGGCUUGGUGGGGACAACGCCCAGGUUCAGACGAACUACUUUGGCAAAGGCGAUACCACCACCUAUGACCGUGGUGCCUUUCACCCAGACCCUGGGAACCACGAUGCGUUCAAGACGUACACGAUUGACUGGGAUAGCAACCGGAUUCUCUGGCAGAUCGAUGGCAAUACCGUUCGUACAUUGGAGGAAAAGAACGCCCACGGACAGUAUCCGCAGACGCCCUGCUUCAUCAAGGUUGGCCCUUGGGCAGCGGGAGAUCCCUCUAACGCCCCGGGAACGAUCGAAUGGGCUGGUGGCCAAGUUGACUAUUCUCAAGGACCGUUCACUAUGCACGUGAAAUCGAUCAAGGUCACAGACUACUCAACUGGCUCUGCGUACGAGUAUACGGAUAAGUCUGGCUCAUGGAAGUCCAUCAAAGCAAUCGAUGGUAAUAUCAAGGGCGACAGCUCGGGGGCUGCAACAGCAUCGUCAUCUUCUACAGUCCUUUCUGCAGCAACUCUAUCAACCAUCUCCAAGAUCUAUGCCACGGCCUCGCUCACUUCUUCAGCCCCCGGCACCUCGCCUACGACCACCUCGGUCCACAACAACAGCACCGCCUCAAACCCUACAUCCAAGCCCGGGUCGCCAUCCACGUCACCAUCCUCACCAUCCUCGAACCACCCACCGCUAGCCACCGGUGCAGCAAGCAAGAGCUCCCUGAACAAAUACCUCACAGUUCUGCUCCUGCUGGCAGCCCCCUUUGCAAUCUGA